UGUUGUCUGUGAUGAAAAUCAAAAAUAUUUUUUUUUUGAUUUAGCGAAGUUUCGACAUUCGACAAUUUCCCAGAUUUUCAAUUUGCGACCGCAACUUAAUAUUUUAAUUGCAUACCUUUUGUUCGAUUCAUCAAGGUGGUCUUCAAAUAAAUAAUUAAAAAUGUGGUCGUUCUUCUUAAAGAACAAAAACGAUAUCAUAUAUUUAUCAUUGCUGUUAUUCAGUGUUAUUAUAGGGCCCUAUUACAGGAAGUUAGGCCCGGUGGAUUUUAAGAAAAUGGUCGGUACGCUAUUGGGUAUCGGUUUAAUAAUUGUGGUAUCGGGAUAUAAUGCUGCACACCCAAUUUUUUCGGGCCUUGGCGGUAUAAUUGCGAUUAAAUUAACUUCUAUAAAGAAAUGCCACAUCUUUGCAUUCUUUUUCAUGUUCAGCUAUUUAAUAGUCUUUCGGCUGUCAAGCAGUUUCAGUACAAAAGGCCCAUCUGGUCAAACUAACCUCAUUGAGAUGAUCAUUGUCCUAAGAGUGGUGGGUGUGGCAUUUGAGAUAAAUGGCUCAUGGUUGGCAAUGACUCAGCCAAAAAAAGAAAAGGAAUUACCAGGGAAAGAGGUAACACAAAAUGUGGCUGAGAAUAGACCACCCAAAGAUGAUGAUUUUGUGGAGAUUAUAAAUCCAGACUUCAUGGACUUGUUCCAUUAUGUCUUUAAUUAUAUUGGGUUAUUAACAGGUCCUUAUUAUAGAUAUCGAACAUUUGAUGACUACUUCAAAUUGCCAUUCAGCAAAUAUGUGAACAGUUUUGGCUUUACAAUCAACACUUUGAAAACUGUUCCGUUGUAUAUUUCAUUGUACUUAGCCAUGUCAAACGUAUGGCCUCUUGAUUACAUUUUAACUGCAGAACACAACCGAAGGCACUUUGUAUACAGGAUGAUGUAUCCGUGGGUAUUGUUUGCUGCCUUCCGUCAAAGGAUCUAUGCGGGCAUGACCCUUGCCGAGAGUGUCUGUACUUCUGCAGGCCUUGGAGCUUACCCCGUGCAAGGGAAGAAUAAAUCUGGACAUGGACCUUCUGUUGAUUAUUUGAAAUUGAAACAAAUGCCCGAACGUGAAGCCAGAGUGGCUAAAUACGAUUUCAAAACUGUGGAGUCAAUGGAUGUAUGGGGCUGCGAGACCGCUGUCACACUGCGAGACUCCAUGAAAGUGUGGAACAAGGCGGUGCAGUACUGGGUCGCUGUGGUGGUUUACAAGAGAUUCCCUGUCCCUUCAUUAAAGAUUCACGCAGCUCUUUUUGUAUCGGUGAUCUGGCACGGCUACCACGCCGGGUACUUCUUCUGCAUUUACUUCUGCCCCUUCUACCUGAUGGCCGAGGAUAUAUAUGUCAAGCUCUACUACAAAAACGCUACAGGAUUUAAAAAGACAGUCGUCGGUUUCAUCCUAUGGUUCCUGCGAUCCCACUCAGAGUCCUACCAGGCUGCAGCGUUCCUUCUGUUGACGUUCGACCGUAUCUGGGUCUACUACUCGUCGAUGAACCACUAUUGGUACGGCGUGUGGUUUGGGUUCCUGGUCCUUGGCCUCAUUCUGAACAAGGUCCGCAGUAUGCUGACCAGGAGACCACCUCCGGUUAGUGCGGGGGUUAAAUCUCAGUAAAAAUUACGAUUUUUUAUCAAAUGCAGGAAAGUUAUCAUUAUAAGAAUAUGCACGAUUUUUAGACGAUCUACAAAAUUGCUUUUGAGUUCCUUGAAAUAUUCAUCAUUCUUUUUAAAGAAUAUUUGCCUUACCUUGUUUCCAAAAAGGAAGAAGUUCUGUGUAUGUGUUUUUAAUGUUAAAAAUAUUCCGUAUUCUGCAAAUGAAGUUACUUUGCCGUGUAUACUUAAACCACUUUAAUGUUAAUCAAUAUCACACAGAAAUAUUACUCAUUUAUAAAUGGGUUGUACGGUCAACGAUCUUUGCCUGUUUUUUGUGUGGGAUAAAAAAAAAUACUUGUAGGUAUUUAACUCGCAUGGGUGUUAUUUUUAUAAAUAAUGCUUAAAAAAGGGUUUAAUUAUAAGGAUAUUAUUAAUUAUAGUCAUACGAUACGUAACAUAAAUGCCUUUAGAUAUAAACUAUAGAUUAUGUGCAACAAAACACUUGCUGUAUUUUUUUAAAUUAAUAACUAAAAUUUAACUAAAUAAAGAAAGGUUUGAUGCACAUUUUGGAUACAUCACUGGGACACAAUAAUCUUUGUGAAUAAAUCCUUAGAAAUAUAAAAUUUUCUACAAUAUUAAGGGCAAUAAAAAAGACAUAGGUAACAUUCUUAAUUUUUGGUACAUGGUAAAUUUAAUAUAAAAAAAACCUUACAUUUUUCGUAUAUUUUGAUUAAACUUGGUUGAAGAUAUUGCUCAAAAGUAAUUUAUUUAUUUAAAUCUAUUUUUAAAUACUGUUAUUAGUUUGUUUUUAAUAGGUUAAUAUUAACCUAAUAGUCAUUUUUGUUGUUUGCAAGCAUAACUGUGUUUUAGAACUUUUAUUUAAGUGUAAACAAAUUAUUGUUUGUUUAGUUUUUAUUAUUUAAAAUUAAUUAAUUUAUUUUUUGAUAUAAUUACCUAGCGGGAAAGAUAUUUCAUAUCGGAAAUGGGAAUUAUUUAUUAGUUUAAGGGUAAAAAUACAUAGAAGGCUGGUGUGCUCAAUUAUUUAUUCGGUGCAUGGGACUGAUAAUAUAAAAUAUAAUAAUAAUUGAUAUAAUAUAGUGGUUCGCCGUGCAUUUAUCUAUCUUACACCUUGUGAGAUGGAAAUUUACAAUAUCAGACUUAACUGAUAAACAAUAACUGAACUUUUGUAGUGAUUUCUACAAAUACAUUAGGGGCUGGAGAGUUUCUUGAUGCAAGCGCCAGGAAUUUGUAUACAACUGCAUACAAAUUCUCAAUAACUUUUCGUACAAUUCAAACCCGAAGUUAUUUACAUUGUGGCAAUCGUAUGAAAUGAAUGAAAUGCCAGUGUCGAAAAUGAUACUUAUCUGGGGUGUGAUUCCGCUGUUUUAUACUCGUCGACAACAUUGAACUUUAAUUCUAUGGGAUGCCAAAAAUAAAAUGUCACUAACAUUGACCUCUUAUAAUAAAAGGACGCACAAUCAUGUAGAAAAUUUCCCUUCGAAACUGGCUAAUUUUGCUUUGACAGUAUUAGAAUUAUUGGUAAAGAAAAUUAUACAUUUUGCCUUUGAAAUAUAGUCCAAUAUUCAAUAAAAUCCCAAAUUCAGAGCAAAUUAAACCUUAAGGAUUGGCUUUAAGGUUGAAUUUUCACUAUGAUGCGACUAUUUGAAUUGAGUGCUAAGAAGUUGUGUUUGGCACUCAUUGAGUGGGGACGAUUUUGGUCGCUGAUUGUGCAUCCACUUUUUAAUAGGAGAUAGAUGGUCACUAACAAUGAAGUUCCCAUGGAAAUGAGCUAACAUUGCUGUAACUUGACAGAAUACAUGGGCUGUUCUAAAAUGGUAACACUAAAGGUUAGCACUCGUAAGAGCGGUUACGCAAUACACCUGAAUCCGUGAAAAUAGAAUCCAUCAUCCGAUUUCUUCCGUCAUCUUUGAGUGGUUCUCGGAUUCAAAUUGGAGAUACCUUGGAUUUGGAUCAGACAUCGGAUUAAUGCGUAAGCAAUAUCCAAAUAAGAUCGGAGCUUUUUAUAUCCUAAUUUUCUUGGAUUGAGUUUGUGUGUCACUCUAAAUCGAUACACGCAUUUAGGUUACUUGUACAAACAACGCUUAGGCGAGAAUUGCCACCGUUGAUGCGAGAUCCGAGAGCAAAUACCUUUGUACAGUUUUUACCAUGGUUUUAAGUUUCUUCCUAAACUCCUUCGGUCACUAUGUGAGCUUGGAAAAUAAUCUAGCAAGUAACUGUUGCUCGCAUUCGAGAAACUUUAUGCGUAAUAGAAUUAAGAGCUAUCUAUAGACUUACUAAAAAUAUUUUUAACGAAUAACUGCUGUAACAGUUUUGGAAAAUGUCUUUUGAGAUUUUUAUUUUUAAACCUAAGAAAUGAUUGCUAUAUAUAAAAACAAUUUAAAAAUAUUUUUUGGUAGUAUCGAAAUGAAUACAGUUGUCAAGCGUUGUAAAACAAGCGAAUUUACCAAAUAAUUUGUUAAUCUUAAGAGUAAGUACACUAAUAUACUAGUAUAGGUACAUAUUUAUGCUGAGACUUUUUUUGCCUUGGGGUCCUUAAGGCUCAUAACUCAUUAGAUCCACCAGGCACAUCUCUGCUUAGAGAGCCAUUCAAAUGAGGUUUGUGGUCUGAGUUUUCUAUUGCUGACCUGACGUGGAUAAAAACUCAGGUGUAUGUUCUGCCUUAAUACGAACGAGUUUUUACGAUACAACAAAACUAAAUAACUACUAGUAAAAUGUAACUCCUUCAACAUUGUAUAUUGACGUCUAGUAGAAGCUCGUACUAUGCUUGAUAUACUAAUAUGUGUAUUAUGUAAUUGUAGGUAUGUAUUACGGGCUGUAAGAAAAUACGAAAAAAAUUAUAUUAUUAAAGUUUAGAUUUGUACGGGUAUUCUAUGCUCAGUGGGAAUUUAGCAUUAAGGGUAGUUGUUUUAAACAAUACGUAGACAUUCCAAGUUGUAAACGGAAUUUAUUUUCAUAUUUGAUUUACUAUUACCAUUACCUACUAUUGUGACCCAAAGUUCAGUUCCUUAAUCUCUUUACAUUCUCCUCACGCAUUUAUUGACUAGAUUAAGAAUUACACAAAAAUAGGAAGCUAUUUGUAAUAUAAUACAAUAGUUGGACUGUUCUAUAGACGGAUUCUGUAAUUUAUUGUCAGUUUGUGACAAAAUUAAUCAAAUGAAACAGAAUAAGUAAGGGUCAAAUCUUACGGAAUUCCGUUACGUAAGCCUAUGGAUACAUAAUCUUUUUGAAAUCUUAAUGUUUAUUAUACUCGAUUUGUAAAUGAUCUGAUACAUAUUGUAUAUUAAACUUAUUGGUGGCAAA